CCGAUGAGCAUAGAACUCGUUUCGCUUUAGACCAGUCUAAAGAAUUACCAAACUAGCAAACAUGAAGUCUGUAUACUUUGCCUUCCUGCUCGUCAUCGCUGCGGCUUACUUCACUGCCACUGUUGCAGCUUGCAAUGACAGAGACUGCUCCCUCGACUGCAUCAUGAAGGGAUACAACACCGGUGGCUGCUCUAAUGGAAACUGCCAGUGUCGUCGUACCCGCGCUGUUGCAGCUUGCAAUGAUAGAGACUGCUCCUUGGACUGCAUCAUGAAGGGAUACAACACCGGUGGCUGCUCUAAUGGAAACUGCCAGUGUCGUCGUACCCGCGCUGUUGCAGCUUGCAAUGAUAGAGACUGCUCCUUGGACUGCAUCAUGAAGGGAUACAACACCGGUGGCUGCUCUAAUGGAAACUGCCAGUGUCGUCGUACCCGCGCUGUUGCAGCUUGCAAUGAUAGAGACUGCUCCUUGGACUGCAUCAUGAAGGGAUACAACACCGGUGGCUGCUCUAAUGGAAACUGCCAGUGUCGUCGUACCCGCGCUGUUGCAGCUUGCAAUGAUAGAGACUGCUCCUUGGACUGCAUCAUGAAGGGAUACAACACCGGUGGCUGCGUUAAUGGAAACUGCCAGUGUCGUCGUACCAGCGGUUAAAUGCAUAAUUAUAGUUCCAUCAAAUUCGGUUUUCCAAUCAAGUCAAAACUUUGAAGAACAAUCCAUAAAUUUUCUUGUUCACUUCAUGAAACUUUUAAAUGUGUAAUAUUUUAUACUUUCCCAUUUCCAAAUUCUUUAAACCAAAAUUUUUUCUUUUCCAAAUUUUUUAAGUUUUCAAAAUUUCCUAAAAUUUAGAGCAAUCACAGUCAUAUAAAUGUAUGUAUGUAUUUAUGUACACAAAUGCCUUUGGACUAUCAAGCUGACCUAUAAUCUUUAAAUAAUGUUUCCUACUAUAAUCAGUCGAACACUUAUUUUUAGUCUUGUAGGCAAGUUUAUCAAUCACUUAUAAAUAAAAUUAUAGUACAUCAGUGUAUACAUAAUAUUUCUCGACUUAUCGCUAAAGAUUAAUCGAUCAAAAUUUAACAAUAAAGCUUUUAAAUUCAAU